GGCGGCCUCCAUGCUGCGCCGCGUUUCAGACCAGCCCUCCAGCGCAGCACAUUGCAUCGCCAGUCUAAUGUUUGAACGUGAUCGUUUUGUUUUCGCUGCAUCCACAUGAAGUAACAGCUUCGUCACUUGCAGGAUUCCUUGUACCGUAGCUUGGGGUAGCCGGUCUAGCGCAACACCCCCGAGCCGACGCGAUUGCCGUAUGCGGGUUGAUUGCCGUUGGUUUCCGAAGCAGUUCUACUUACCUGUACAGCUCCCACUUUCCUUCCGACUUCUACAGGACCACUUCGUACAACACUUCAAGAGCACAGCUAGACACCUCAAAUUGUUUCCUUUGCAAACGACAUGGCAACCCCCAAACCCAUCACGCGCGUGACCCUCUUCAAGAUCGCUUCCUCUUCGGAUGCCGAAAUCCUCCUCUCGCACUACCGCGGCAUGCCCACGAACGCAAUCAAAGACGGAAAACCCUACCUCCUCUCUGUGACAGCUGGCCCUACGUUCGAAGAUCCAAGGAGCCAGGGCUUCAACUUUGCGGCAAUCAGCAAGUUCAAGAGCAAGGAGGACAUGGCGUACUACGACGAGGAAUGCGCGGCGCAUGCGGCAUUGAAGGCGUUCGCGAAGGGUGUAAUUCAGGGACCUCCCCAGGUCGUUUAUCUUGAGGAUGGGACUGCAGAGUGAAAAGCAAAACCCAGAAAGUCAUCGGCGGAAGUCCUAAAUCGCUGUGUACUCGAGAACAUGCUACCAUACGAAGCUCCCAUCAAUGCGUCAUUAUCAUACAUCCCUCAAAACUAUAGUGUCUUAUCAAAAUCAUCGCGUAUGUGU